AUGGCGCUACAUCGGACGUGGGCCUUGCUACCGACGCUGCUGGCGGCGCUGGUGGCACUCGCCGCCGCCGACGUUGUGACGCUGCACGUCCCGACGAACGCGACCAACGACCUCCUCGUCGCACUCUCGCUCUCGGCCAACGACACGCGCGCGAUGCCGACGAUCGCGCCGUCGCCGCUGGUCCUUCGCACGGGUGCGACGAGCGUCAACUUUACGAUCACGGGCGCGAUCCCAGGGCGGUACCCGCUGAGCUACAAGCUCGUGUCGCUCGUCUCUGGCAACACGACGUACGAGCUCAGCGCCGAGACGCUCGUCGUGUUCAUUGUCAACGACCAGUGGCAGAGCACGCUGUCGCAGUUUGGCAUCAACGUGGCCCUCGUGCUCGGCGGCGUCGGCCUCUUCCUCUGGCGGCGCGGGGCGAAGCGCGACUUGUGGUUUUGGGGCGCACCGAUCGAAGGGGUCUUUGAACCCGAUCCGUUCCGAAGCGACGAGACAAUGCCGUCGCUGCUGGCAGCGCCCACGUGGCAGGAGCGCGGACGUCGUUUCUGGAUGCUCGGCUGCGAUGACGCGUACAUCGUCGACGCCUGCGGUGUCGACGCUGCGCUCUUCUUGCGCUUCAACCUUGACGCGGCCAAGCUCUUUAGCGCACUCACAAUCUUGAGCUGUGCACUCCUCUUGCCAAUCAAUUUUGUAUCGGGCGACGGCCCGACGACGUCGUCGCAGCAAGCCACGAUCGCCAAUGUCCCGGUGCAGAGUCCGUACUUUUGGGGCCACGUUGUCAUGUGCUACCUCACGGCCGGCGCCGUCCUCUUCUUUGUGUUUCGGCAGAACCGCCGGCUCGAGUACCUCCACCUGAACGACACGACGCUCAUCGGUCCCCGCAGUGUCUUUGUCCAAGCUGGUUUGCCUCUGGAUGUGACCCGGCACGAGCUGCGGCAAUGGUUUCUCGCAGAUUACCCAGAGGAUAUCGAUCAAGUUUACGUUGUGGCCGACCUUAGCAGAGUCUAUACGGUCUUGGAGCAACGCAUGCGGUGGCGCAACGACCUCCAGCGCCUCGAAACGGUCUACAUGUCGCCGUCGUCGUUGCCGCUCUCACCGUGGCUGCGCUAUUGUCCCGGCGGUGCCUGCUGCCCGUCGCCGGCUGACAUUUGGUUCGACUACCUCGCGCGCCGACCGUGUCAAUCGCAUGCUCAUGUCGCCUCUCGACCGCUGCGCGAGCCGCUGCUGUCCGAGAACAUGAGCACACCCAAGGAUGCCGUCACCGACGACGACGAGACGGAGAUGGUGCCGCCUCGUAUUGUGGCCAAAGUUGCCGCGCUGCGCGCCCAGCUCGCCGCCGUCCCCGAGGACAUUUUGAGCAACUAUGCGCGCCGCACGGGCACGGGCGCUGCGUUUGUCGUCUUCAACUCGAACCGCGCCCGCGAUCAAUUUUUGGACCGGUUUCGGCAGACCCAAGCCCCUUUGUCGCAGUGCGUAGCAUCCACCGCCGCAACCUUGUGUCGUCGCCGGCCGCGCCGCGCCACCGUCGACUCGUCCGGCCCUUCCCGGUUGGCCCGGCACCUGUCCGACCUCGUGGUCCAUCCUGCGCCCGAGCCGCAUGAUCUCAAGUGGGCCAAAAUGACCUAUCGUCCCCAUUCCCUCCGUCGCUUCUGCCAGUUUGGCUUGUACCACGCGCUCACGAUUGUGCUGCUCUUGCUCUUCUCGACACCGGCGUCGGUGCUGCUCUACUUCAACCUGCAGCCGGGCAGCGACGUCUAUGGACGGGUCCUCACGUCCGACUCGCUGAUUACCGGCUUUCUCCACACGUACUUGCCGACGCUCUUCCUGGUGUGCGUCAACUGGGUCUUGCUCACGGUGCUGUUUUACGUGUCGUUUCUGGAGCCGUGGUUCACCGAGUCGCGGCGCAUGCGGAGCUUUCUCUCCAAAGGGUUUGCGUACCUCUUUCUCUUCGAUUUUGUUCCCUCGAUUGGUGUCACGGCCGUCUACGCCGCGACCAAGACGUCGUCGCAGGUUGCGUUUGGCGGCGCGUCGUCCCGCGAAGUCAAGUACGUCAACGACUUUCUGUACAAGCUCUGCAGCAAUUUUUUCGUGGGGUACAUUUUGCAAUUGACCUGCCUUGGGUCGCUCACGCAGCUGCUUCGUAUCGGUGAAAAGCUGUUUUACCAGCCAUGGGUCAUUUCCCGCGCUGUGACCACGGACGAAGUCCAAGCCGCGCGCGAGCCAUGGCCUUUUUACUUUGGCUAUGACUAUGCCGUUCUCCUGAGCGUCUUUACGAUCGGCCUCCUGGGCUCGGUGCUGUCGCCGUACCUCGUACCGUGCGCUGCCGUCUUCUUCUUCGCCAAGUAUUAUGUCUCCAAGUACAACUUUGUGUACGUCCACCCCAAGACCCCGGGCCGCGGCAACGUGGCUCGCGCCGCAUACUCGCUCGCACUCGUUUGCCUCCUCCUGUUUGAAUUGGCGAUGACGAGCAUUUUAUCUCAACUCGGCAACGCCAACCAAUGGCUCGCGCUCGUACUUUUGACAUGUGCCACACUCGGUGUCUUUGUCUACUGGCGCGUCGUGGUGUACCGCGCCCUUGAGACAGAGACAAGUCCGACGCCGGUGGAGGUCGAGGCGCCGACCACGCAGCUGCGGCGGCAGCAGUCGAUGGAGCUCUCGCGCGCCGUCUUUCAAGCGCACAGCUUGGGCGAAAUGGAGGCGCUCGUGCAUGCGCGGCCGACCCAAGCGUACAUCAACCCUUACGACGUCGGACUUCAAAUGCUCUCGGUGCUGCACCGGUACCAAGCGCUUCGAACCGCCAAGCUGCGCGACGCGUUCAACCUCUUGAAGCAGCAGCAGCAUGAAGUGUGUUCGCCUUCGACCGCGGCGGCAAGCGACCCCUCCGAAAAUGUCGACUGA